AUGCAAAGUAAAAUUUUGAUUCGAGAAAAUCCUAGAUCUCUAGUUUUUAUACAAUCCAAAACUUCAGAAAAUUAUCUUUCUUCAGAUAACAUUGCAUUAUUAUUUGAGCCGAUACCAGGAAAUUAUAAUGUCAACGUACCAAAAUGCAAAGUUCAAUUAAUAUCUAAUUUAGAAUUUGAUUUACAUCAGUAUCGACUUUUUAACACAAAGCCUAUGUAUGGCUGUCUUGGCCUGAUAGAAGUUGAAAAAGGAGUUGUGACAGACUGCAAACAUAUUGGCCGAAUACGGCCAGGCGAAUCUGUUCAUCGUAUUAUAGAUGUAGAGUUUUAUUCCUUAACAAAUAAUUCAUGGGACUAUUCUUCGACAACAUAUAGUAAUUCAAGUCGAUUACAUGAUGAAGAUAAUUCAUCUUCUGUUUCUGUUCAUCCAUGCAAUCAAUUAAGAAAAUUACUUUCGAAUGGCCAUUUUUAUUUUUCAUCGAAUUUUGAUUUGACGAGGACUUUGACAGUGAGAGCAAGUAUGUCUAAAGCUGAUAAAUACUCGUAUGAUAGCCAUUUUCUAUGGAAUAAAUUUAUGAUAAAAGAAUUGUUAAAUUAUCGCUCUAAACUUAGUGAUCCUGAACAAAUUGCGAUGGAUAAUAGCGGAUUUUUGGUUCUUGCAAUUCAUGGAUAUAUUGGUAGACAAGAUGUGACUGUUGGUACAAGCAAUGCUUCUUUGUCUGUUAUUUCCAAAUUAAGCUGUAAGAGAGCUGGAACUAGAUAUAACACUCGUGGAAUUGAUGAUGAUGGAAAUGUUGCGAAUUUCGUAGAGACGGAAACAAUUUUACAAUUACCACAUCGUUGCUUCUCUUACACACAAAUUCGUGGCAGUGUUCCAUUAUUUUGGGAGCAACAAGGAAUUCAAGUCAUGAGUCAUAAGAUCCAAAUAUCACGUGGACCAGCAGCAACGUUACCAGCAGUUGAACGACAUUUUAAUGAGUUGCAAAGUAGAUAUGGUGAAGUUUAUAUACUUAACCUACUUAGUCAACUCAAAGAUGGCGAAUUUCUAUUAUGUAAUGAAUAUCAGGAUCGAACAAAUGAUUUAAAUAAACACGGAUACAUUUAUCAAUUUUUUUCUUUUGACUUUCAUGCCAUUUGUGGGAAUUCAAAUUAUGAGAAUUUGUCAAUACUAAUUCGAGAUAUUGGAAAAAAUUUGGAAUCGACUGGUUUUUUUUUGUUGGAUAUAGAAACAAGCUCACCAAUAUUUUAUCAAAAAGGUGUUUUUCGAACUAACUGUGUGGAUUGUUUGGAUAGAACAAAUAUUGUACAAACAGUUAUAUCAAAAACUGUAUUAAGCACGUAUCUCCAUGAGAUAGAAUGUGUCACUCAUAGCCUAGAAUCGUUGAAUUCUAGACAUUCACAUUUAUGGGCAGAAAAUGGCGAUAGUCUGUCAAAGAUUUAUGCUGGCACGGGUGCAUUGAAAUCUGAAUAUACACGUAGCGGGAAACUCACUUGGUCGGGCGUUAUUGGAGACGCUACGAAAACGGUCAAUCGCUUUUAUAUAAAUAAUUUUCAGGAUAAAUUUAAACAAGAAGCCAUAGAUUUAUUACUCGGCAAACAAUUAAAUCAAAAUCAAAUUAUGAUUUAUGAUCCUGUAAACGAAUUGGUUCUUGAAGACAUUCAAAAAAGGUUAAAUGAUUUUUCAACAAAAACAACAAUAAAUGUUUUUGUUGGAACAUAUAAUCUUAAUGGUGUUUCACCUUUGGGUGAAUCUCUUACACCCUGGCUCUUUGCUUUUGAUGAUUAUGAGCAAGAUCCACAUCUGUAUGUAAUUGGGUUUCAAGAAAUCGUAGAGUUAAAACCUCAACAGAUCGUUUCUACAGAUCCAGAAAAAUUCCGUAUCUGGGAGCGUGAAAUAAGUAGAACACUCAAUGGUCGUCACGGAAAUCAUUCCAAUUAUGUGAUUUUGCGUUCAGAUCAAUUGGUUGGUACUGCAUUAGUUAUUUAUGCAAGAGCUGAUGUGGUUUCCAAUAUAAGGAAUGUUGAAUGUGUCAUGAAAAAGGGCGCUGUGGCCAUUAGCUUUAAUUAUUUUGAUACAAGCCUUUGUUUUGUAACAGCGCAUUUUGCAUCUGAAAGAAAUAAAGAAUAUCAAGCUAUUCAUGAUGGUUUAACUUUUAGAAAUGGUCGACGACUUGAACAUUUUGAAUAUGUGGUUUGGUUGGGUGAUUUUAAUUAUCGGAUAUCUUUAACAAAUGAACAGGUUCGAGCUUUCCUAGAAGAUGAAAAUCUUGAUGCAUUAUUAAAUGCUGAACAGUUGACCAAACAAAUUGAACGGGGGCAAGCUUUUACUGAUUAUAUUGAAAAUCCUAUUACAUUUUUCCCAACAUAUAAAUAUGAUAUUGGAACAGAUAUGUAUGAUACAAGUGAAAAAGCAAGGGUUCCAGCAUGGACAGAUCGUAUAUUAUAUCGAGGAAAUAGAAUAAAACAGUUUGGUUAUUGUAGAGCUGAAAUAAAGGCUUCAGAUCAUAGACCGGCAGCCAAAGAAAAAGUUCAUAGAGAAAUAUAUUUAGAAAAGCUACAAAUUGUGUCUCAAGACAAUAAUAAAUUUUCUUAUUAUUCAAAUGUCACUGAAAUAGAACAAAAUGGAAAACAACAUUGGGAUAAAUUGGCAAAAUCGAUAAGAAAAGUUAAUGACACACCAUUAACUACUGAUGAUGAAAUCAUAGCAAAAUUAGCAAAGUCAAGAGAAACCGAGAAUCAAAAUGCACCUGUUGGUAUAUUGAUUGAUUUUGAAGACGAAGGUGCCAAAGAAAAAUCAGCUGAAAAUUUGCCCCCGCCAAGUUCAGAACAUCAUCAGUGGUGGACUGUCCCAAUCGUUGGAACACACACAACAGCUUUAUCACCAGUUAAAAUUGAUAAAAGUACAAUUAAUCACGAUUUUCGGAAGUAUUCAAAUAAUCCAUUUUAUGACACAUUGGUAAACCCAAUGAUGACAGACUUUUCUGAACAACCACUUGUAUCUUUACCAUCUACAAAAUCAACAAUUCAAGAAUUUAACAAGCCAAAAAAAAAAAUAAACCCAUUUUUUGAGAUUGAUUAUGAACUUGACGAUGAUAAAACCAAUAAUAAUGAUCAAUUAAUCGAUAUUCCGUUUGAUUCAUCGGAACAAUCAAAACCGGAAGUCAAUUCACACAAUGAUUGGAUUCCAUUAAUUCCAACUAAAAUCAAUCGUGGUGAUGAUAGUAAUUAA